GAUGAUCGUCACAGGCAGUCCUACUCCAUUCAAGAUCUCCGUCCCCUCGUCCAAGAUCGAAAAUCUCAACUCCAAACUCGCCGCUGCCACAUUCCCGAGCGAACUUCAAGAUGCAGGUUGGUCAAUGGGCUCACCCUUGGCUGAUGUCCGCCGACUCACGGAUCAUUGGCACAAGCACUUCUCGUGGCGUGGCGCGGAAGAGCACUUGAACAGCUUUCCGCACUUCACCGUCCCCAUUCAAGUUCCCAAUUUUGAAGAAUUGGAGAUUCACUUUCUGCAUCAACGCUCCGAACGCGAGAACGCAAUCCCUCUCCUUUUCAUCCAUGGCUGGCCUGGCUCCUUCUUCGAGGUCUUGAAGCUUCUCCCUUUACUGACCGAUCCCGAAGAUCCCAACAUCCCGGCCUUCCAUGUCGUGGCUCCAUCUCUGCCCGGCUAUGCGUGGUCUCAGUAUCCUUCGCGGAAAGGGUUUGGAUUGAAGCAGCAUGCGGAGACCCUGCAUGGUGUGAUGCGAGCUUGUGGAUAUGAAUCUGGUUAUGUUGCGCAAGGUGGCGAUUGGGGCGGGUUCUUGUCGAGGCUAGUGGCGAAAUUGUAUCCGGAGAGUGUCAAAGCUGUUCAUACCAACUUUCCGGUCCAUACGUUUCCGAAGCUGUGGAGGAAUCCUGUGAGCUUCGCGCAAGCGGUUGCUGGCAUUGCGCUGGACAAGAAGACGAGAGAGGAUCUGGCAUAUACGCAGAAGUACUUGACUGAAGGCGAUGGCUACCUCAAAGAACAAGACACGAAACCUCAAACUCUUGGCUACGGCCUGACAGAUUCUCCCGUGGCCCUAUUGGCAUGGAUCUAUGAAAAGCUGCACGAUUGGUCCGACUCCUAUCCCUGGACAGACGAUGAAGUAUGCACAUGGAUUUCCAUCUACGCCUUCUCGCGCGAGGGACCUUCUGCCAGUACUCGAAUCUACUACGAGUCUGCGCAUCCUGUAGGCGAGGGUGCAGUGAGUAGGAUGGAUGUUAUCAACAUGUACAUACCCCACGUGCCGCUUGCUCUAGCAUACUUUCCGGGAGAAUUGGCACGGUUGCCCAAGUGCUGGGCGUGGAGUAAUGGACCUGUGGUGCAGCAGAGCACAUUCGACAUCGGAGGUCAUUUUGCUGCCUUUGAAGUUCCGGAGUUGCUGGCCGGGGACUUGAGAAAGCUCUUUGCCAAAGGAGGGUGUUGCGAGGGUCUUUUCGAUGGAUAAAGGGAUCUCUGAUAUAAACUCGACAAGGCGAUUGAUUGCCUUUCCUUAGAGUUCUUCUAAUGUGGGGUGGUCGUCUGUUCGAUACACGAAGAAGUGCCGACCGGCUGAAUUGGAUGAUCUUACGCUACCUACUGGCAAAAAGGAACCCCUAGCAGCGGCUCUUCAGCGGGCUAUGCUUCUCCUUCUUCUCUUCUUGACCAACAAGUCAAAGAGAGGCCCUUUCACGACAAAACUUCCGCUCGCAGGGCGUCCGACGUAAAGGACGAUCUUUGCGUGUUACG